UUCACCUUCUCGGUCAGUAUGGCGGAGGAGGGUAAUAAAUUAGCUAACAUACUAGAAUCGAAAAAUCUAAGAAUUCGAGGAAAUCCUUCGAAUGAUUUCUUUGAAGUAGUAGCUAAGCAGAUACUGCAUGUUUCCAACAAAACUAGAACAAGCGAGGCGAUUAGCGGAAGUUGUAAAAAGAAUUUAGAAAAAGACUUCAUCAAACAAAAUAACACUGAAAAAUGGGAAGAGCCACCGAACGGAGAAACAAAGGAAGAAUAUCUGGAAAGAAUUUUCAGUCCCGAUUACCGUGGCAUCGAUUCAAACAUGAUCCAAGCAACAUCAAAUGCAUUAAAAACAUCCAUCAUCAUUGUCACACCAUCUCUCGAUGAAACAUCGUCUGAACGCAUUUUUGAACCAAAACGUCAUGUCGAGGGAAAACCUACGCUCGUCAUUGGUCGCACCGGAGAAAUGGUUUUCUACAAUACCGAUGCAUUAGUAACCAAGCCGUCUGUUGAAAUACCACAACAACAUGAAAAGUCACCAGCGAACUCUGUCUCAUUCUCUGUUACUGAAAACAAUAGUCGCCAACGAAAACAAGGAGUCGUACAUCAGAGCAUUUCAAUCAGCAGUACAGAAGAUCGACCAUCAACCAGCGGAAGUUCUCAGCACGAUUACAUGGAAAUUACUGAUGAACCUAAAAAUGCUAAAGCAAAAGACAAAAAAAAAAAGGAGUUUUCUUUUGUCACGGUAACUGAACAAGAAGAUGAGAAGAGGGAUGAAUUUUUACGACGCCUUGCUGAAAAGGUCACAAAAUACAUCAGCACUCUGAUUGUAUUUGGUCUUGUUUUAACUGGAUCGUUAGUGACCAAGUCUACACUUUUUGUUCUCUGCAAUGCUUACACGCAAGACUACAGUGAUAGCAGAUGCCCAUACGUGAGAGAAGGUCGAGUCCAACAAUACAAUUAUCCAAGAUAUAUGGUCAUGCUAAUAUUGAUGAGCUGUCUUUGUUUCCCUGAAGUUUUAGCACUUUCUCACAGUUUGUGGAAAACUGUGAAAUCUGGGCGAAAAGGAAAAAAAGAUAAUAGCUCGCAAAGGACAAAAUACGGCCAUGAGAAAUCUAGUUGGCAAAAUCAGAUUCCGAUUACUGCUACCGAAAUCCUUCAUGCUGUUGGACUCACUUUUUUAGUUUUCAAAGUUAUUCCAAAUAUCGAUGCGACUUUGGCAAGUUUGAUGUUUUCACUGGUAGCUGUGGUUCCGUCAGUUUUUCACUUGAAAACAAAGAUUGAUUCGCGGAAAGUCGGAAACGGCGAAAUGAAUUCCGGAGAACCCCCUAACACGGCAACUUUCAUAACGAGCAUUAUUGCAGUGUUUCUUUCUUAUGUUGGAUACGGCUUGAUAUGUUGGUUGGUUUAUGAACAGGAACAGAACGUGGGAGUUACAAUCUGCGCUGCUCUAUCGUUGCUUCUUAUGUCAACUCGGUAUUGGGAGAACUUUAUACAUCGAAAAUCCGAAGAAAGACACAGAAUUGAGGCAUCAAAAUUUCGAUACUGUGCUCUCAACGCCUUCCUAAGAACCUUCUUCAUUGUUGUGUUUUCUUUUGUCAUUUAUGCUGGUGUCGAUAAUAACAGAUUUGAUGUGGCCGAGAAAACAAAUGGCGAUCCUAUAUUUUUCAAAGACUACAACAGAGUUGAUAGAAAAUGCUCCAGAAUAAUGACAGCAUUCUGGUUUGCGGCAAUAACACACUGUCUAUCUGGGCUGGGGACGUUUUUGUUCGGAAGUAUAGCGUGCCAAACAUUGAUUCAAAUACCCGGGUUUUGGCUUCCUCUGGUAUUGGCAACUCCGAUUAUGAGUGCGAUGAGUGCAACUUUCUCAAUGGAGCAACUCAAUUCCGCAAGUCCGACACUGAUGGACUUUUUUCAUUUACCUUUAAAAUAUCCCGAAAUCAACGAUUUCAUUGGUUGGAAGACAAAUUAUCAGUUGGAUGAUUGGUGGAAGAUGAUGCUAAUAGUUGUAAUCGCAUGUGCAACUGCUUGGGCUGGCCUUGUUUUGUUGACGUCUUUUUUGUUGCAAGGAACGCAAAAGAGACUAGAAAAAAAUGAAAUUCUCUUCGUAAAAUCUAUCUUUGCUGGUCCUUUCAUCACCGAGUCAAUGAUGUUGAACAGAAGACAAUAUCCGAUCCAGGAAUCCGAAUACAAUAAAAAGAGGAACAAAAGGAAUAAAUCAAGAGAUGGUUCUACCCCUAUUCCGAAAGUUUAUCUGUGCGCCACCAUGUGGCAUGAAAACAGACAAGAAAUGACACAGAUUUUGAAAAGUAUAAUGAGACUAAAUCAUUUCCGUGAAAACCUAGAGAUAAGCGAUCGAGACUAUUUUGAGUUUGAGGUUCAUGUUUUAUUUGAUGACGCUUUCAAAGAUGGACAAUUGAACGAAUAUGUCAGACUUCUUCUCGAACUGAUACCGUUUGCUGCAGAAAAAAUUGAAAAAGAUUAUAGCGAACGUAUUAUGGACAAAACAUGCGGAACACCAUACGGUGGAAGAAUAGAACUGGAAUUACCCGGGGGCAAUAAUUUUAUUAUACAUCUGAAAGACAGCUCGAAAAUCAGACAUCGUAAACGUUGGUCGCAAUGCAUGUACAUGUAUUACAUCUUGAAACAUUUGCACAAAGGUAAAGAGGAUGAGUUACAAAACGCCUAUCUUCUUGCUCUGGACGGAGAUGUGGACUUUCAACCAAAGUCUUUGACAAUGUUAUUGGAUCUAAUGAAAAGAGAUGAUAAUGUAGGAGCAGCGUGUGGACGAAUUCAUCCUAUCGGAAGUGGACCUGUUGUAUGGUUUCAAAAAUUUGAGUAUGCAGUUGGACAUUGGUUGCAGAAAACAACAGAAGAUGUUCUUGGAUGUGUUCUGUGUAGUCCAGGAUGUUUCAGUUUGUUCAGAGGAACUGCUCUAAUGGAACCAAAUGUUGCAGGAACUUACACUGAUGUAGCGAAAGGAGCUCGGCAGAAAAUACAAUGGGAUCAAGGUGAAGAUAGGUGGCUGUGCACGUUGCUGUUGAAAGCAGGACAAAAGAUCGAAUACUGUUCAGUUUCCGAUUCCUACACCUUUGCACCAGAAGAGUUUAAAGAGUUUUAUGAUCAACGAAGGCGAUGGGGGCCAUCAACAUUAGCAAAUAUAUUAGACAUUUUGCUGGAUUCUAAAAAAGCUAUCACAAAUAACGAAUGUAUAAGUCGUGGAUAUAUCGCUUAUCAGAUGGGUUUGAUGGCGGCCUCCCUUCUCGGACCUGCAACUGUCGUUCUAAUUAUACAAGGAGCUUUUCAAUAUGUAUUCAACAUGAGUCCAAUUGGGGGAUUGAUGGCAGCACUAAUACCAGUGAUAUUUUUUGUCAUCAUAUGCUAUACUACCAAACUUAACUUUCAAAUACUCGUGGCUCAAAUUUUAUCUCUCAUCUAUGCACUUGUGAUGAUGGCCGUUUUGGUCGGAGUUAUUGGACAAAUGGCUGAGAAUAUUUUAAAUCCUACUUCGAUGUUUAUGUUGAUAAUGAUUGGAAUGUUUGGACUAACUGGCCUAUUGCACCCAUCAGAGAUGACGUGCUUGUUACAUGGUGUGAUGUACUACAUAUGUGUUCCGUCCGCUUUCAUAUUUCUUGUCAUAUACAGUUAUUGCAACAUGCAUGAUGUAUCAUGGGGGACAAGAGAAGACAAACCCAUAAAAUCUGCCUCUACUGAACAGAAAUCGCUGACGAACAAAACAAAUGAAGGUAAAACCACGCGGGAAAUGAAAAAAGGAAAUUACAGCGUUGGCUGGGGAAGCCUGUGCAAAUGUGCAAUAUGCAUAAACGAUUAUGAUCCACUUCCUACCGAAGAACCGCGAAAUGACAAGCCAGUGCAAGAUCAACAACCGAAAAAACAAAAUCCCAAAAAUUCAACUCCAGAAUCUGAUGAAACCCGAAAGAAAUAUGAUGAAAAAUGCAAAGCCUCAGGAAUUAAUUGGAAUCUGGCUCACCAAUGGCCGUACACCAAACCUCAUGUUAUGAUAAUAAAGGAGGAUGAGAAAAAGUUUUGGAAUGAUCUGAUAGAAAUGUAUUUGUCUCCACUUAACAAAAGCGAUCCUGAACAACAAGAAUUGAAAGAAGAGCUAGAAAAUCAAUUAAAGGAUCUUCGUAACCAAAUGACUGCCGGAUACUUUUUCAUUAAUAGCAUUUGGAUCGUUUUGACAUUCUCGCUGACAAUGGUUAUUCAAGACGUCAAUAUUACAUUUUAUGACAAAUAUGGCAAUGUCAUCGUGCUCAAUCCGCUUGCUUUUCUCUUUUUGAUCUUCUUUGCCGUUAUCCUGAUCAUUCAGUUUGUGUCGAUGCUUUUUCACCGAUGGAUUACCUUCUUACAUCUCAUGGCGCAAACUAGUUUUUCUUGGAACGAUGUGCAGGAUCAAAAAGCUAAAAUGGAUGAAUAUACCAACAAUAAGAACCAAGAACAAUUUCCAAAUUUCAAAAAUAUGGCUUUUUCGGAAACAUUGGAAAAUGGAAGUGACAUUAAGCAUACCACCACAUUGGUCAAUAGCCAGAAGAAAACCAACGUCCGAGCUUGAAAGUAAUACAAUGUAAAUAGUUGGCGAAGAUGAUGAAUUUUGAACUCACUUUUUUGAAUCAUCAAAUAGCUAUCAACUGACUGCAAAUAAUAUUUUCCAUCUUUCUAAUUUUUACUAAUUUUGUGUCUUCCGCUACAAUGAAUGAUGAAUAGAAACCUUGUAUUGAAAUACCCAAUAGCACUAUACCAUAAGAUAAACUUUUUCAAAGAAACGCGAUUUACACUUUUUUUCAAUUACAAUCCCUUGAAUUUUAAUUUAUUAAUACAAACUAAGGCUAUAGUAUUCUUUUUAUAACGCUUUUUCCAUUCAAACCACUUGCUUCGGACAGUGGUGGGAAUCGUGGGGUUUGCGCCAACGCGUCCUUGUUUUGGACGACCGCAGAAAAAGAGUUUUGCGCGUCACAGCUGACGACUAACGUUAUAUUUGGUGUUUUGAAUUCGAAUAAUUUGAAUUUAUGUAAAGCGUGCCAUGUUAAUGCAGCUUACAUAGUAAAAUACAUACAAUUUCUAAAAUGAAGGAACCUGUUGUUACUCAAUCCACACAAAAGUGAACGCGUUUUAUACUUUCGGAUCCCACCACUGGCUUGGGGCCAAAAAUAAUAAGAUCGAAGGAAAAACAAAGAGUUUGUUUUAAAAAUCCCUACUUUUU